CGCCGCCGCCGGAGAUUCUUCCUGCCCUUCCAUUUCCAUAACUGGCCGAGAAAACGCGUCUAGUCAAGACCCUACAGGGUACUAGUUAGAGACAGGCAGCUGAGUUCAGAACCCCUGGACCCUCAGCUGAGAACUUACUUGUCCUGAUCUGCACGUACCCAGAAAAGCACAGCAAGAGCUGCGGACGAAUGAAAUGCCCGACUUUCCUCUAAAAGGGGUUGGAUGAAAAUCGACCACACUUUCUUGAUUGGACUAUUUCACGUUUGGAAGGGCGAGAUAGGAGACCCCCUGUAGCCGCUGCUACAUUCUGAGAGAAAACCAGGAUAGAGGAAAAGCACGCAAGAAGGCCCUCGCGGGCGAAAGGCAAACAUUGGCUUGACCCUUCGCUGUGGAAGUUAACUGACAACAGGAAGGAAGCUAUUAACCCCGCUCCUCUCCUCCUCUCGCCCUGGUGACAGCCAACAACUCCUCCUCCCAGGCAGAGACCUUGGAGCAAAAAAUGCAAAGGAGCUCCUGGCUGCCUCAACUCCGCGUGCUUCUCCCCGGGGGUGGGAGAGGGAAGAGAGGAGGGCGCCGCCUGAAGCCAAGUUCAGCCGGUGUGUGACUCGAGCGCGAACGUCCAGAAGAGAUUCCCGGGACUCCAGCAUCCUCCCGCUGGCCGCGCAAGGCAGGCAUCACCCGGUCGAUAAGCUUGAUUCUCCCCUUCUCGCCCCAAGUUUGAGUGCGGCCCGCAGGUGGUGCAAACGCCCCAGCUCUCCGGCGCCCCCUGCUGGCGAGAGGGAAGGCGGCCGCGGCCGCGCAGCCUCUGGGCACAGCGCUGGGAGAGAGCUCCGGCGCCGAGAAGAAGCCGCGAGCUUCCCUGAUGGUGCCGCCGCCUCCUCCGUGCCGGGGAGGAGCAGCCAAGGGGCAGCUGGGCAAGAGCCUGGGGCCGCUGCUGCUACUCCUGGCGCUGGGACACACGUGGACCUACCGAGAGGAGCCAGAGGACCGCGACAGAGAAGUGUGCUCGGAAAACAAGAUCGCCACGACCAAAUACCCGUGUCUUAAGUCUUCGGGCGAGCUCACCACGUGCUUCAGGAAAAAAUGCUGCAAAGGAUAUAAAUUUGUUCUUGGACAGUGUAUUCCAGAAGAUUAUGACAUCUGUGCCCAAGCUCCCUGUGAACAGCAAUGCACGGAUAACUUCGGCCGGGUGCUGUGCACUUGUUACCCAGGAUACCGAUAUGACCGAGAGAGACACCAAAAGCGGGAGAAGCCAUACUGCCUGGAUAUUGACGAAUGUGCCAGCAGCAACACCACUCUGUGUGCACACAUCUGUAUCAACACCGUGGGCAGCUACCACUGUGGGUGCCGCGAAGGCUACGUCCUUGAGGACGAUGGGAAGACCUGCACCAGGGGAGACAAGUACCCCAACGACACUGGGCACGAGGAGAAGGCCGAGAACGAGGUGAGAGCCGGGACUUGCUGCGCGACAUGCAAGGAGUUCUCGCAGAUGAAGCAGACGGUGCUGCAGCUGAAGCAGAAGAUUGCUCAGCUUCCCAACAGUGCUGCUGAACUGGGCAAGUACGUCAAUGGUGACAAGGUGCUGGCCUCAAACACCUACCUUCCAGGACCUCCUGGCCUGCCUGGGGGGCAGGGCCCUCCUGGCUCACCAGGACCCAAGGGAAGUCCUGGAUUCCCUGGUAUGCCAGGCCCUCCUGGACAGCCUGGCCCACGGGGCUCAAUGGGACCUAUGGGACCAUCCCCUGACCUGUCUCACAUUAAGCAAGGCCGGAGGGGCCCUGUGGGCCCACCAGGAGCACCAGGACGACAUGGCUCCAAGGGGGAGAGAGGAGCACCUGGGCCCCCAGGGUCUCCGGGGCCCCCGGGUUCUUUCGACUUCCUGCUGCUUGUGCUGGCUGACAUCCGCAAUGACAUCGCCGAGCUGCAGGAGAAGGUGUUCGGGCACCGGACUCCCUCUUCAGCGGAGGACUUCCCCCUACCUCAGGAAUUUUCCAGCUACCCAGAGACUCUGGACUUGGGAUCUGGGGAUGACUCCUCCAGAAGAAGUGAAGCAAGAGACUCUGAGGCCCCCAGGAACUUUUAUCCAUAGCACGUCCCACGUCUUCAUGGCACCAGAAGAGAAGCAUAGCUUCGCCCAGUCAUUGCAUCGGAAGGAAAACACCACUGGAGGCCCAAAGCCUUUUGUCUGUACUGUCUUCCUGCCCUCUCUUGACUCUGCUUCCAAAUCCUGUUUUCCAGGUACCCUGCACAUCACACUGGCAACAGGAGGAUGUGAUGGUUAACAUGCUCUUCUUGAAGAGCCGCUGGGUGGUUUUCAUCAGGACCAUCCUUGACAUCCUAGUUCUUCGGGAGCUUUUGAAUUUCUAAGUUAACUGUUCCCACAGAAUCUUACAUUUUGACACAGUGCCAAUAGGGGAGGCAAAGUGGGCUCUUGGAAGUGUAAGGUUCGUCCUAAAAAGAAAAUUGUGUUCAAAAUACUUGACUGUUCACCCUUUACAGUCGGGAGUAUGGCUCUUCAGUUAAAGGGGGAUUGAAGGAGCACAAUGUAGAUUGAUGUUGAUAAAAAAAAAAAUGACUUUUGCUUCGCAAUAUCACAGAUUUCAAAUUCUGCAUCCUAUUUUCCAGGCUUCUUAUUUUAUAUUUAGUUACAGAAACAAAAGAAUUAAAAAAGAAGUACAAAAUGCCCUAGCACUGACCAGGUGGCCAGAAGUUCCCCCAGGCCCUGAUCCUAGCUGAAUCAAGGCUGGAGGGAAGUUGUUGGCCUGGAAUCUUGGCAAAGGGUGACGGGGAGGCAUUGAGGAGGGCUUCACUAAUGCUUGAUCACCAGAGGCAGGUUAAUCUGCUCUUAAGACACUUGGAGUUCUCAUCCCCAGCCAGUCAAGCUAACCAGUGCCCUGGGAAUAAUGCACAGCUGAGAGAUCGCUGAGACAGAGAAGGGGAAGAGAUUUUUUUCUAACUUGACAUAAUUUUCCACUAUUUUCCCCUGAUUUGGUUAAAAUCCCUGUUCUAGGUCUCCUUGACUUUUUCCCCUGGGCCAGAUGGAGAUGGCUUGGAGGGAUGCACAUUCUCCAGUGUCUCCCCAAAUCCUUUCUUAGAGCAAUUAUAGAAUCCCCAGGGACUCAUGUUCCCAGAAAGGAACAAGAGGCCAGGUUCCUUCCUUGUGUCUUCGAGCUCUCUUGAGCUUCCCAAGGGAUCUUGCUCAUAUGGUUGCCUACCCCAGGGUCCCUUGUCUGCUAUCCUGCAGUGUCCCCUCAUAGUUCUAAGAAGUUUCCAUUUACCUCUUCCCCAUAUCCUGAGAGGCUCCAUCAUCUCCCACCCCUACUAUGACGGGUUGUUGGAAGAAAAUUGCUAUUGGGUCUGCAUGGCAUGGCACUGUCCAUCCUUCCCGAGCAAUGAGAAGGGGCUCUGUCUACAGAGCUCAGGUGGCCCAGAGGUCUUUCGAUUCCUCUCCAUCCCUCUUAUGACCCCUUCCCUUCUCUCUCUUUUCUCUCUUCCUCUCCCUUUCCUUUGCCCCUUCUCUUCUUCCUUACUUCCUUCUAUCCCUUUCCUCCUUCCCUCCCUUCCUCUCCCUCCACCAGUCCCUCACUUCUCUUAUUUUCUUCCCUCCCUCCAUCCCUGCUUGCCUGCUGGCCUCCUAAUCCAGUAGAAAGGCAGGAUUCCCACACACUCAUGCUGAAUCUCCAGUGGCUGUCCACCAGCAGUUCAUGGUAAAGGCAAACACACACUUGCCUGCUUGUUUCCUGUCUCUUCCUCUUUCCCACUCAGUCUCUCCAGAACCUGAGCAUCACCACAGAUGGCCUUGCCAACCAUGGGUUCCUGAAGAGAUGGAUGCAACCACAGUCAAGUCCCACCUGGAACCUAUUUCAUGCUUGCCUGCUUAUAGAACCCGGAGUUUCAAGGGUGUGGAUGGAUGAAUUCUUAAUACUAUGCACAGGCUCUGUGAGCAAUGAUAUGUCCAUCUUUUUUAUGAGGAAUUUUAUAAUCUCUACUUUCUCUAGACAGUGAAAUGUGUCUAGAAAUAUAAUCUUUAUUGCCAAAUGCUGUUUAAAUACAAGCACACUCCAUGCUUGGCCAGAGGCCAGGAUAAUGUACUAAAAGAAUGAAGUGAAAGUCAUAAUACCCGGGAUUCAUGAGUCUAUUCUAGAUAAUUAUCUCCAGUAAAACAUACAAUAGCCUGUAUCUUGUAACCUCAGUCUGCUGGACCAGGUCAAUUUAGGUAAUCAUUACUCCUCAAAUUUUCAAAACUUGGACUACCAACUACCUAUAAGACCAAAGUAUGCCCCCUACUUGUCCAAAUUAUAGGUUCUUUUCAGUGAUAAAGCAUUAUUGCUCAUGUAUCUUUUUGUUGUGGAUAAAAAAAAAAUCAAAGCUUUACUAUCUAAACAAACUUCUCAAAAAUCCCAUGGUUAAACAGAUUUACUGAGUCACUUCUUAUCUCAUGGCAAAAAUGUUUUUUUUUAAAUAUCUCCCUCAACUCAUUAGUAGAAUUGUUCAAUUUUUCUAAUCCCCACAAGUAAGACUUGUGUUUAUAAAGCAAUGAGAAUAAAAACUCACUGAGAAGACAUGCAUUUUAGUUGAAAAAAACUACUCUCCCUUCCCAGUUCUAGAGGGAAAAAUAAUUAGCUUUCCUGUGCCCAAAAAAAAAAAAAAAUAUUAGUAGCCAGAUACAGUGGUAUAUGCCUGUAAUCCCAGCACCUGAGAAGUAGAUAUAGAUAGGAGUUCAAUGUCAACCUCAGCUACAUAGCAAGUUUGAGGCCAGUCUAGGCUAUAUGAGAGCCUAUCUCAAAACAACAGUAAUAAUAAUUAUAAUAAAUAAUAAUAAUAAUAAUAAUGAGUAGGAGACUGGA